AUGCUAGAAACGGAGGGUUUCAAACUGGCCUGCCCCCUGUGUCGAGAAGUAAAUGAGAGACCUCCUUUGGAAGAAUGGCAAAUUCGAGCCUUGACUCUUCUCAUUAUGCAACAUGGCCCCCUACUGGAUCAGAGUCUGCACAUAAGUGAUGAAAUCCUGAAGUUCCAAGAGUAUAUGACCCUGGAUGCUGCCACCGCCAACUCCUUCCUCAUCCUCUCCAAUGACCUAAGGAGUGUCCAGUGUGGGAAGAUCCGCCACCACCUAAUGGAAGGUCCUGAGAGAUUCACCUACAUGGCCUGUGUCCUGGGCACCCCCCGCUUCUCCUCUGGCCGCCAUUAUUGGGAGGUAGAAGUGGGGAAGGGCAAGGAGUGGGCUUUAGGCGUUUGCAAGGAAUCUGUGAGUAGAAAGGAAAAGAGCAGUUUAUCCUCUGAGCUUGGUUUCUGGAUCAUCAGCAUGGAGGGAAAUGCUAUUCACUCUAGCUCCUCCCCACAGACCAGAAUUUCUGCAAGCCCUGACCUUGACCGCAUGGGAAUUUUCAUAGAUGUCGAGAUGGAAGAAAUCAAGUUUUUUGUUGUUCGAAAUGAUGCCCUCAUCUGUACAAAUAGUCAGCUCUCCUCUUUGGAGACUUUGCGUCCAUUCUUCUGUCCUGAGUUGCCUGGAGAACGUGACAGUGGUGCCCCCUUGAGCCUCUGCCCAUGA